AUGUCUGCAUCAGAUUUGCUGAGGAAUGAUAGGUGGGUUCAUGGUCCAAAUUUCUUACAGUGUGAAGAACAUAAAUGGCCUGUGCAACCACUGUUUAGAUGUUCAGAAUUGGAAGAAUUCUUAGAACUGAAGGCAAGUCCAGUGGUUUGCAGUAUAAAAAGUAAUGCUGAUCAUACUUGUAAGUUACUAAACUACUACUCAUCGUGGUUUAAAAUGAGAAAGCUGUGGCGUGGUACAUUAGACUUAAACAUUUUAAAAAGGAAACCAAGGUUGGGACCUAUAACAGUAAAAGAGUUCAAGGAAGCAGAGAGAAAUAUUAUUUUGUAUGUACAGAAGACUCUCCCAAAGGAACCUUUACAGUUAAAGAAGCUAAAUCCAAUCAAAGGAGAUGAUGAUUUGCUGAGAGUGGGAGGCAGAUUAACAAAUUCUCAACUUGAAGAAGAUGCAAAACACCCAGUGAUUCUUCCACAUGCCCACCAUAUUUCAAGAUUGAUUGUUGAAAGCUGUCACUUAAAUACUGGACAUGCUGGAGUGGAACGUGUAUUAGCUGAAAUCAGGAGAAAGUUCUGGAUUUUAAAAGGAAGGAAGUUAGUGAAAAGUGUAGUGUAUUCCUGUGUGACUUGCAAAAAGAUGUUUGGUAAGACAGUACACCAGCAAAUGGCAAACCUUCCUGAAUCUCGUGUUAUAGCUUAUGAACCACCAUUCAGUAGAGUAGGAGUGGACUAUUUUGGGCCAUUCUUAGUAAAGAAAGAUAGUUUCAUUCAUGCGUUAGAAAGAUUUAUAGCAAGGAGAGGAGAACCUAAAGAAAUCUGGUCAGAUAAUGGCACAAACUUUGUUGGAGCACAUCAAGAAUUGAAGAAAGCUAUCCAGGAAUGGAAUCAAGACCAGAUUCAUGCUCAUUUAUUGAAGAAAGAAAUAGACUGGAAGUUCAAUCCACCAGCUGCAUCACACAUGGGUGGAGUGUGGAACGACAAAAUACGGACCAUUCGAAGAGUGCUGUCAAGUAUGAUCAUACAGCAGGUGCUAGAUGAUGAAGCCAUAAUAACGUUAAUGACUGUAGUGGAAGGUAUCAUAAACAACCGACCCAUCACGAAGCUGUCCGAGGACCCAAGAGAUGCUAGACCUCUAACACCGAACCACAUGCUGAUGCUGCGUUCAGGACCUUUAUUACCACCUGGACAGUUUGUUGAAAAGGAUCAAUAUAGAAGACGCUGGAAACAAGUCCAGUACCUGGCUGAUGUAUUUUGGCGUCGAUGGAUUAAAGAAUAUCUUCCUGGACUUCAAGAACGCCAAAAAUGGAUGAAACCUCAGAGAAAUUUAGAAAAUGGAGAUCUAGUUCUUAUCAAACAAGAUUGUGUUCCUCGUAAUCAGUGGCCCUUAGGAUUAGUAGUGGGUGUUCAUAAAGGAACAGAUAAUUUAGUACGUUCUGUUGAUGUAAGAACAGGAACUGGUACUUAUGAGAGACCGGUAACAAGGAUUUGUUUGUUGGAAAACAAGCGUCAUACCGUCGUAGCGUCAUACCGUCAUACUGUCAUAUCGUCGUAUCUAACAUCAAGCAAGGCCAUAUGUUCGUCUCCAACACAUUCAAGUGCUGUUAAAUGUGAAGAGGACGAGGAAGAGAAAGUGGCAGACGACAUCCUGGUGGCAGAUGAAGAGGAUGAUUUCAUCACCAACAAUCCCCUCAUUGUUCCUGACAUGGCAGCAUUGGAAGAAGAGUAUCGUAAAACAGAACAAGCUCUUGCUGACACUGAAAGGGCUAGAGCAUUAGAAGAAGAAAUAUACAAGAUGAAGCUCAAGGCUCAGAUGUAUAAUCACCAACUGCAACAGGAGAAAUAA